AGUUGCAUAUGAAUAUCCAGAAACCACGUUCUGGAAUAUCGCAUACUAUCGAUUAUAAGGACAACAUAAUUAAGCUAUUAUUUGGCAACCUCAACUAAUCUGUUGGAGUAGUCUUACAUCAAACUUUGCUUCUUAGAAAAUUCUCGAAUAUGGCUGGUGAUAAUUUAACAGCAGUGCUUUACGGAAUCGACGAUUUGCGUCUGGAACAACGUCCAGUUCCAACGCCAAAUGGAAACCAGGUGCUUCUGCAGAUGGAAGUGGUUGGAAUCUGCGGAUCUGAUGUGCAUUACCUGAAGCAAGGUCGCAUUGGUCAUUUCGUUGUUAAACAACCGAUGGUUAUUGGUCACGAGGCUUCAGGGACAGUGGUAAAAGUGGGCAAGGAUGUGACCCACUUGAAAGUAGGAGAUCGUGUGGCCAUCGAACCGGGCGAAUGUUGCCGAAUGUGCAAUUACUGCAAGGAGGGCAGAUACAAUCUCUGCUUGAAGAUGGCCUUUUGCGCCACGCCUCCUUACGAUGGAAACUUGACACGAUUUUACGCUCACGCAGCAGAUUUUUGCUACAAGUUACCUAAUCACGUCAGUUUCGAGGAAGGAGCUAUUCUGGAACCGUUGUCGGUGGGCGUGCACGCUUGCAAAAGGGGGCAGGUCACUUGCGGAUCGAAGGUGUUGAUCUUAGGGGCGGGGCCUAUCGGUUUGGUAACUUUGCUCGCAGCUAAAGCUUUCGGAGCUACCAAUGUGAUUAUCAUAGAUAUCGUGGAGAAUCGUUUGGAAAUAGCUAAAAAGUUAGGAGCUCAUCAUACGCUCCUCGUAGACAAGAACUUCGAUGAGAAAACCAUCAUCGAGAAAGUUGUCCAAAUCUUAGGUUGCGAACCGGACGUGAGUAUGGAAUGCAGUGGGGCGGAGCAAAGUGUCCGCAUCGCAAUUCAAGCUACUAAAUCCGGUGGAUGCGCUGUUCUCAUUGGUAUGGGUAAAGCGGAGAUGACUCUUCCAUUGGCCAGCGCUUUGAUCCGCGAGGUCGAUAUCAAGGGCGUAUUCAGAUACGUCAACGAUUACGAAACGGCGUUGGCGAUGGUGUCCAGCGGAAAGAUCGAUGUGAAGCCGUUGAUCACGCACGAAUUCGCAAUGGAGCAAACUUUGGAUGCGUUCGGUGCUGCGAUGGAUCCAAAGUCCAAGUCCAUCAAGGUUCUAAUACACGCGAACCCGGAAUGGAAGAAAUUGGAAUAAAUCUCAGUAACCGAA